AUGAUCUCAUACACUCAUACUGGGACUGAUCUAAUCCCACUCUCUGAAGAAAAUACUACAUCAUUCUCUAGAGUGUGUACACCUCUACCUCAGCAGAAAUCCGAGAUUCCUGAAAUCACUGCACAUUUUGGCAUGGGCCCUUCAACCACCCUGUCACCGCCGCGGCCUCUACACACCUACAUCUAUUAUGAAGAUAGAGAGAUUAAGGUUGAAGAUUCACUGAGAUAUAAGGAAAACACCUUGUCUGAAUUCCACAGCUUUAUCUGUAUUCUUGAACAGAAAUUCCACCUUAACCUGAGCCAGUAUAAUACUCAUGAGGUAUGA